AUGAAAAUUCUCACGCAAGAAGAAGAAGAAGUUAAAGGUGGCUUAAAAGGCGGUGCCGUUGGGCUAUGCGUCUCUUUGGGACUUUCAUUUGUGGCGCAACGUUACUCUCAGUUUUAUCGAAAUUUGACAUUACCCUUAAAAGCAUUUCUGGUUACAUCCGGUGCAACCGCUGCGUGCAUUAUUUCUGCUGAACGUGCGGGUUUAAAUUAUGAAAGGCAAAAGUAUGGAUAUUAUAAACCUGUCAUACAUCAUGAUCCAGGGCGCUCAGCUUUAACGGUUGCAAAGGAUUUUGUCUCGGAAAAUCGUUAUAGUGUGGUUUGUGGAAGCUGGGCUUUGGCCAUGGUCGGAUCCAUCGCGUACACCUCAAGAAAUAAAUACUUGACUGUUUCUCAAAAGGUAGUGCAAGCACGUAUGAUGGCGCAAGCUUUAACAAUUGCCUUGAUCCUGGCGACUGCGGGUCUAUCAAUGGGUGAUAAAAGAGAAAGGAAAAUUCCUGCUGGUUCUUAUCAAUGGAAAGAAAUGGUUGCCGCCGAGGAAAGGAAAAUGAACAAAGUCUCAGUUAAAUGA